CGGGCGGUGCUCCGCAGGCGCCGCGCCGGGGCCAUGCCGGCGGUUCUGGGCGCCGCCUGGGCUCUGCUGGCCGCCGGCUUCCUGGUGUUGCUGCUGCUACACCGGGCCCAGGCGCGGCGGCCCGGGGGAGGCACCAACAUCGCUUCCGCCUUCUUCCAGGACCUCAUCCGCUACGGGAAGACCAAGAGAGGCGGGCAGCAGGCUGCCUGGCUGCGCCGCUUACAGGUGCCGAAGAGGUGGUUUGUUCAUUUUUAUGUAGUUUCUAUACUCUGGAAUGGCUUUCUACUGAUGAGGCUUUUUCAAGCUGAGUUCCUUGGAGCGUCAUUACCCCCAUGGAUUCAAAUCUUCCAUAGUGCUUUUGGCAGAGAUUUGCAGAACCAGAAUACGGCAGACAGUGAACACUUCUCUGCACUCUUGGUUCUCCUGCUCCUUUGGCUGCAUAGCUUUCAGAGACUUGCAGAAUGCCUUUAUACCAGCGUGUUUUCCGAUGGCGUCAUCCACAUUGUGCAGUAUUGCUUUGGACUUGGUUAUUACAUUGCUGUUGGCUCAACUGUGCUGUGUCAAGUGCCUACGAGUGUUAGGAAUGGAAAAGGACUUUCUGUGCAGAUCUACUGGUACCACAUCAUAGGCAUUGUGAUGUAUGUUUGGGCCUCUCUUCACCAGCACAGAUGUCUUGUGAUUCUAGCUAAUCUUAGAAAAAGUAAAUCAGGAGAAGUUUUAAGUCUGAAACACAGUAUACCUUUUGGAGACUGGUUUGAAAGAGUUUCUUGCCCUCAUUAUUUUGCAGAACUACUCAUCUAUAUAUCUAUGGCCAUCACAUUUGGAUUUCACAAUGUGACAUGGUGGUCUGUAGUGAUGUAUGUCUUUUUUAACCAGACACUGGCUGCUGUUUUGUGUCAUGAGUUCUAUCAGGAAAAAUUUACCUCCUACCCAAAGCAUCGAAAAGCAUUUAUACCGUUUAUUUUUUAGAAUAUGCCUUCUAAAGCGUAUUCAGUGCAAACUGGGAAAUGUUUUACUAAAGUCAAGGCAAAAUUGCACACUUUCUCUAUGCUAUAGAGGUUAAAAACUGUUUUAUCUCAUAAGAGUUGCUAAUUUAUGUGGGGAAACGUAAGGUCUCUGUGUAUCAUAUGAGCAAAGAAAAAGUUUAAUGAAGCCCUUAAUGAACUGAUGAGAUGCUAACAGGGUCUUUUCCAUGUUUAGAGUCCUGUUUUAUGCAGAAAGCAUUCACUGUUGUGCAGCAAGCCACAAUAUAUAUACAUGAGAACUGAAGAGAAAUGAUAGUGCAGGGAAUCAUUUGAAGUGCUGUAUUUCAUGCCUUGCCUAAUACUUAAGCAUAUUUAUAUGCAUUCUCUUUGUAACUCUUCAGAGGGAGGCAAAUGAUGCAUUGGCUUUUUGUGUUUCCUUGGUGGUAAUGAAAACCAGGCAGUGCCUUGCAACUGUGAGCACAGAGGAGUGGUGGAGGAAGCUGUGCUGGAGCGGUGACUCACUCAGCAGCAGCGAUAAGCGAAGCACAAAACACCCCUUGUUUAUCCUUAAUCUGGGAAAAUCGUGGAAGGUUCUCUGUCUAAAGAAUUUGCAGAUUGCAUCCUAAGGUCAGGUCCUUGACAUCCUUUGUGUUUCGUGGGGUGACAGCAGCCUGCCCUGCUCCUCAGGGGCCUGCAGCUCGGAGGUGCUGCCGCUCAGCACUGGGCGAGGUGGGUUUUGCACUCAGCAACUGGACGGUGUGUCCUCCUCGUGGUCCGGGAGGGGCUGAGAUCUGUGUGAGCAGAGGGCCGCUGGUGUUCCAGUGCGUUCUCACUUCUUUGAGUAUACUUAACAAUAUUUUGUAUAUGAGAAGAGUUUUUAUGUACUUCGGUAUAUCUUAUGAUGCACAAUGUUUAAUUGAAGGAUGUUUGAUACCUUCCCA